AAAACAUGGAGUUGAAAGCAGUUCAAGUGGUUGGGCUCACCGUUGUUGACGUUCUCACGGUGUUGACUUGUCUCCCUUUCGCUUUCGUUUUCUUCUCCCUCCCUCCCAGAUAUCAUCAUCUUCCUCCACGACCCCCCACGCGUCUUCUAUGGAUUCCACCUACCUUCACCCCACUACACCUUCCACCUAUAUAAAUCCCCAAUUUCACCCCUCACUUCCCUCAAACUUCAUCAAUUCAUCAUUCUUUAUACUGUCAUGGCUCCGGAAAGUCCUAACGCUAAUGGUAAUGCAUCUAAUUUGCCAUAUGAGAGUGAUUUUCUUGAUUCGUUUUCCCUUUUAAACUCCGAGAAAGCUGUAAAGGAAAUUGUCGAGCAGCCUCUUGUUGAGGGGAUUGAAGACAAUCUUGUGGAGUUUUCAGAGGCCAUGAGAACUGUUGGUAAAGCUUUAAGACGGGCAGCAGAGGGAAAAGCUUCCGCACAAGCUGAGGCAUCAGAAUGGAAACGCAAAUACGAACUGGAGCGACAACGGAACUUGCAGUUGGAAAAUAAAGUUCUGACAUCCGUUGACCUAUACAAUAACCGUACUGAGAAGAAAUUUGAAAACUCAGAACAGCGCCUUGAACCCAUGCUUGAAGCAAAUGAACAGCCUCCAACGUACCGUGGAAAGAACGGAAUAUACUCUCACGAGGUUCUUUGGGACAAGGAACAAAAUUCUUAUCCCAAUGCCCGUAGCAAGCUUAUUCGAAAGGCAUCAUUCAAGCUACACUGGAGCUGCAAUGGUGAAAAGAAUGAUCAACAUAAACGUGAUGUUGUCUCUUUUGAAAAAGGGAAUAUAACAACAGCAGAACGUAGCAGUAAACAGAUUUGUUUGAAAUGGGAAUCUCCUCCGCAGACUGUGCUCAUCUUGACAAAACCGAAUUCAAUUUCUGUUAAAGUUGUUUGUGCUGAAAUUGUCAGGUGGUUGAGGGAGAAAAAGUUAAAUAUUUACGUGGAACCACGAGUAAGAACGGAAUUGCUAACCGAGUCCUCUUACUACAGCUUUGUACAGACCUGGAAAGAUGGCGAUGGUGUUUUGCAUCUGCAUGAGAAAGUUGAUUUUAUCGUAACUCUUGGUGGUGAUGGAACUGUGCUUUGGGCUGCAUCGUUGUUUAAAGGCCCCGUUCCUCCAAUCGUGCCAUUCUCUAUGGGUUCUUUGGGCUUCAUGACUCCAUUUCACAGUGAACAAUACAGAGAAUGUUUGAAAUCAAUCCUACAAGGUCCCAUCAGUAUUACGCUUAGGAAUCGAUUGCAGUGCCAUGUGAUUCGUGAAGCAGCUAAAAACGAAUACGAGACUGAAGAGCCAAUACUUGUGUUGAAUGAAGUUACGAUCGACCGUGGGAUUUCAUCAUUCCUUACCAACUUGGAAUGCUAUUGUGAUAACUCAUUUGUCACAUGUGUACAAGGAGACGGAUUGAUUUUAUCAACAACUUCAGGGAGCACUGCUUACUCGCUUGCGGCUGGAGGUUCGAUGGUCCAUCCACAGGUUCCCGGCAUAUUAUUCACUCCAAUCUGUCCGCAUUCCUUAUCUUUCCGGCCUCUGAUAUUACCCGAGUAUGUAACACUUCGGAUCCAAGUUCCGUUCAACAGUCGAGGUCAUGCAUGGGCAUCAUUUGACGGGAAAGAUAGGAAACAGUUGGCUCCAGGUGACGCACUUGUGUGUAGCAUGUCGGUUUGGCCGGUACCCACAGCCUGUAGAGGGGAUUCAACCAAUGACUUUUUGCACAGCAUCCAUGAUGGCCUGCAUUGGAACCUGAGAAAGACUCAAUCUUUCGAUGGACCGCGAGAAACAUAACGGGUUAAUGUUUUUAUGUGGGUCAAUCAGUAUAAGGUCAUGCUGAUUAGCGUUAACUAUUUUGACUUAUAAAUUAUUAUUACGUUAAACAAUAGAGAGCAUUGUAUAUUGACAUGUAAUAUGAUAUCGAUGUAUUUUCACUAUUUCACAAGUGUAUCAAUAUAUACGAAGUACUUCUUAUACCACAAGUCAUAGAACUCGUGUAAUUAUCAAGA